GCACUUCGUACCAUACAAUAUUUCCCAAGAAAAUCUAGAUCCUGAAAUACUCACUUAGAUCUUUGUACUUCUGCUUAUUCAACAUCAUUAUCUUCCCAUGCAAGUUUAUAGAAACUACAUAGUAAAAAUCUUUGACUCAUGGACUGUUAUCAGACUUUCUCGGGAGCAAUGUUCUGGUGGAACUCUCACAAAUCAGAAGAUCAAUCUCCUAAUCGAUAGAAUCGCAGAUGUUGUACGGAAGCUCAAAGACGAAGAUGAAGUGGCUCUAUUCAUCGAGGAUUAUUUUGAUGAUGAACUAAAUAUUAUAUGUGAAGAUGAUUCAAUACCUUACGUCGCCAAACUGUUAGUGGAUGGAAUGGCACUUUUGCAGACAAACAAAGUGGCUGAACUUCAGCGCAAAAUUGAGUGUUUACCUAACGGAUGUGAUUUGGCAUUAUGUCAAGAAGUGUGUCCUGUUUCAUCUUGUGAAACAGACGAGGAUGACUGUUCGGACAGCUCGAGUGAUGUUGAAAUGGAAUGAUGGUUUCAUCUAUCUGUCCUUUUCUUCUAUUUAUGAUGGCUUUGUUUUAUUCGUGAUUCCUGAUGCUGUUCAGUUAAGUCAGUGGAUUUUAUUCCGGGUACCAAUGGCUGUGAUAUCUGUUGUCCUGAACGGCGUCGCUACAUGCUUAAGAAUAAGUAGGGGCAAUUGAGAGGUAAAAGAUGCA